AUGGGAAAGAUGAACUUUUUCUUAGGACUUCAAGUCAAGCAAACUGAUGAAGGGAUACUGAUUAACCAGUCAAAGUACAUGAAGAAACUGAUCAACAAGUUCGGAGCUCAAUAUUUGAAGACUGUUAAAAUUCCCAUGAAUACAAACUGGAAGGUGGAUCCAGGAAAUGAAGAGAAAUCAGUGUCAUCUACAAAAUAUAGAGAAAUCAUUGGAUUUCUAUUAUAUCUAACUGCUAGUCGCCCAGACAUUGCAUUUGCAGUUAGUGUUUGUGUCAGAUAUCAGUCGGAUCCAAAUGAAGCUCACAUGGAUGCAGCAAAGAGGAUAUCAAGAUAUCUCAAAGGCAUACCAAAUAUUGAAUAG